CCGGCAUUGGAGGCUGUAGCCUCGCUCUGGUCCCUGCGGCUGGCGGCCGAGCCGUGUGUCUCCUCCUCCGCCGCCGCCAUAUUGUCUGUGUGAGGAGAGGGGAGCGCGGCUACUGCCGCUGCCGCUUCCACCGCAGUUUGAAGAAAAUAGGUCUGAAAUAAGUAAAUUACCUACAUCUGCCUCUGAACACAGUGACUGCCAGAUCUUCAAACAUCAAGUUCAGCUUUGUCUGCCAACCUGUCUGACAUGUCGGGACCCGUGCCAAGCAGGGCCAGAGUUUACACAGAUGUUAACACGCACAGACCUCGAGAAUACUGGGAUUAUGAGUCACAUGUGGUGGAAUGGGGAAAUCAAGAUGACUACCAGCUUGUUCGAAAAUUAGGCAGGGGCAAAUACAGUGAAGUGUUUGAAGCCAUCAACAUCACAAAUAAUGAAAAAGUUGUUGUUAAAAUUCUCAAGCCAGUAAAAAAGAAGAAAAUUAAGCGUGAAAUAAAGAUUUUGGAGAAUUUGAGAGGUGGUCCCAACAUCAUCACACUUGCAGACAUUGUAAAAGACCCUGUGUCACGAACCCCCGCCUUGGUUUUUGAACACGUAAACAACACAGACUUCAAGCAAUUGUACCAGACGUUAACAGACUAUGACAUUCGAUUUUACAUGUAUGAAAUUCUAAAAGCCUUGGAUUAUUGUCACAGCAUGGGGAUUAUGCACAGAGAUGUGAAACCCCAUAAUGUCAUGAUUGAUCAUGAGCACAGAAAGCUAAGGCUAAUAGACUGGGGCUUAGCUGAAUUUUACCAUCCUGGCCAAGAAUAUAAUGUUCGAGUUGCUUCCCGAUACUUCAAAGGUCCAGAGCUACUUGUAGAUUAUCAGAUGUAUGAUUAUAGUUUGGAUAUGUGGAGCUUGGGUUGUAUGCUGGCAAGUAUGAUCUUCCGGAAGGAGCCAUUUUUCCAUGGACAUGACAAUUAUGAUCAGUUGGUGAGGAUAGCCAAGGUUCUGGGAACAGAAGAUUUAUAUGACUAUAUUGACAAGUACAACAUUGAAUUAGAUCCACGUUUCAACGAUAUCUUGGGCAGACACUCUCGUAAGCGAUGGGAACGCUUUGUCCACAGUGAAAAUCAACACCUCGUUAGCCCUGAGGCCUUGGAUUUUCUGGACAAGCUCCUGCGAUAUGACCACCAGUCACGGCUCACUGCAAGAGAGGCUAUGGAGCAUCCUUACUUCUACACUGUUGUGAAAGACCAGGCUCGAAUGAGUUCAUCCAGCAUGCCAGGGGGCAGUACACCUGUCAGCAGCGCCAAUAUGAUGUCAGGGAUUUCUUCAGUGCCAACCCCUUCACCCCUUGGACCUCUGGCAGGCUCACCAGUGAUUGCUGCUGCCAACCCCUUGGGAUGCCUGUUCCAGCUGCCGCUGGCGCUCAGCAGUAAUGAUCCCCAUCUGUCUCCUGAUGCCUAAGCAGAGGUGGGGAAGUCCACCCUCUCCUUGAUGCAGCUUGCGCCUGGUUGGGAGGGGUGAGAAAACUUCAGAAGCACCGUGUCUGAACCGUUGCUUGUGGAUUUAGUAGUUGAGUCAUAAAAAAUUAUAAUAGGCUGAUUUCUUUUUCUUUUUUUUUUUUGUUUUGUUUUGUUUUUGUUUUUUAAACUUGGACUUUUCAUAACUCAGGGUAUUCCCUGAAAAAUUACCUGCAGAUGGAAUAUUUCAUGGACAACUUUUUUCUCCCUUUCCAAAUUCAGUUCGUCACCACUAAAGAAAAAGAUAAACUGGCCUCAAUCCCAGCUACUGUGUUUGGGUGGAGAUUUCUUCCCCUUCCCACAAUUCUCUCCCCACAUUACUACACUCUUGGGGCGCAGAUCUCAUGCUCUUCCCCAGAGAUUAGAAAGUGUAGCUUAUCAAGGGAGGUGGGAAGGAAAUAGUUAGAGAGGACCCAGUCUAUCCUGAACAUUGUUCUGCUGCUGGUCACUUCAUCACCUUUCUUCAGGACUGCGUCCAUGGGUUAGUCCAGCUCUGGUGGAGGUGGAUCUGUCUUCGUUACAUCAAGAUGUUAAAAGUCUACCCGACUUGCAGACAGAUCCUAAAGCUUCUUUUCUGAUUGAAUCAUGUCUUGCUGACCUAACCCUAAAUCGUUUUAAUUUUAGUUGAGUUUAAAUCUGUGAUACUUUCUCUCCUGGGCUCCUGCUUUGGUUGUUCCCUUUUCCUCUACUCACAUGCUGUGCUUCAUAGCUGGUAGGAAAGGGAAGGCAAAAUCUUUUUCAGUUUUCUUUGACUUGGCCAUUUUGAAGUCAGUUAGUUACGGGGCAUAAUUUAUUGCUUUUUAAAAAAGAAAUACUGUCCAUGUAAGUUUCAUGCUAGUACUCUUAAGAGCUAACGGGUGAUGUGGCCACACUGGGUUCAUUUUAAGCUUUGUACUUUUCUCUCCUCCUACCUUCCCCUUUCUUCACAUGCCAUCUAGUGAGGAGACCUUGCUCUCAGAGUUGUAAUUGUAUCUGAGAGGCAGGAGCAGAGCCACCAUCUCCAGUGAACCAGAAAUGGUAGACCUGUAAUUGUGGGAAACUAUCAGUUCUCUUGUUAUGGCCCUGCCACCCCUCGCUGUGUGUAUAUAUAUAAAACUUUGUCCUUCAUAUGUGAAAGAUCCAGUGUUGGAAUUCUAUGGUGUAAAUAAACGUUUGGUUUUAUUUAUCAAGGGUAGAUUUAAGUUCCCUGUGUAAAGGUCUCGCUGGGUGGGUGUCUCACAUUCAAACCUGAGGGGACUACAGCCCAUACCAUGGAGGCUUCCCGAGGCCCUCAUUUUUAUGCACCCCUCGUUCAACCCAUGGUACUGGGCAGGGCAGAGGCCUUAAAAAAAGCACCACAAGCCAAAGCGUCUCUGGGGAUUAAGGAUCCUUUGCCAUAAAACUCAUUCUGUGUCUCAGCAUUGCAGGGAUUGGGGAUAGGACAAGUCGCCAGUUUGUGUGUUUGUGUGUGUGUAAAGUGGACUUUCCACUGUAAUCCAGCCACCUAAGUUUAUCAGGUGCUUCACUGAGGAAGCCUAGUUUUUUAAGCACAAUAGCAAAUCAUCAGCUCUGUAUUUUCUCCUGUUGUUUCAUUACAGUAGCUGCCUAUGGGGACUAGGAAAAAAAAUCUUCCAACAUAUUUUAAGGCCUAAAAUCUUAGUUCCCCAUUCUCCUACCUUUAUAGACUCAUAAGCCUUUCUCACCUGGCAUCAUAGACAAAACAUAAUUGUUUGGGGAGUUGAAUUUAAUUAACUUACCUAACUUUGUAAUCCAUCUUGGCUUUAGUAACUUUAUCAAGGUGGUGACUUUAGCAAAUGUAAUGAUAAAAGUAGAGGAUGCUAAUGCCUUUCUUAACCUUUCUCAACCAUAGGGAGAGCUAAAAAGAAAACUUUCUGACUGCAGAGUGAUUUUUCUUCUUUUUGGCCACUUGCAGUGACUAUUUAUUGUACUUGAUUCUUGUAUACCCUAGCGUGCUAGGAGGGUUACCAUGUUGGAUUUGUGCGGAGCUGAAAGCACCAGGUGUGCUAGAGAUGCGGUUUGUGAUUAUGUUUGCACUGGAUCGUGAUUUGAACAAGACACUUAGAUUGAAUUCUUUCUUUUGAGGUGGAGAGGAAGGUUGUAAUCAGGACUCCACACCCUACUCACAGCUCAGAAAUGUAGAUGUGUUUGAGGCUGCUGUGGAUAGCUGCAGACGGCUGGGCCUCCUCAUACUCAUCACACCUAGUACAAGAGCUGAUGGUGAAUGCAGAGGACUCUGGAGUGCCACCUAAGAGCCUUGUAAAAUAAAUAGAAAUGGAAAAGAAGCAAGGAGUCACGCAGAAAUGUGGAGGGUUUUAAAAGACCUGAGUGGGUGGUGGGUAGGGAGGGUCAGGGUUUACAGAGUAACAACUUCUGUGUUGUAAAUUACCUCAUCUGUACACCUUGUAUUGGGACACUAUUUCUCAGCACUUCUGUGUCUGCAUUGCUUAGAUGGUGGGAAAUGAAUGCCAAUAUAAAACAACUGUGUUGGCAAAGUAUUUUUUACUUUGUUUUGAAGUGUGCCCUUCCCCUCUUUAAGUUUAAAGUCAGAAUUCCCCUCUUUGGUUUAUUGGUUGUAAUUGUAUUGUAAGUGGUAUGACUAAGACAUAACUGUGCUGGGAAGAAGUUGUGCCAUGAAGGUCUUUAAUUUUUUUUUUAAUAAAAACAUUUAAAUAAAUGAAAUGUCCCUGUAGCCUGAGCAAUAUGCUUCUCCAACCGACACCGUGUGUAAUAAAGGAUGGCUUAGUUUUCGUGUGAUUUGAACUUAAUACUGGGUUGGUGAAGAUGUUAGGUGGGAGAAAUUGGUAUUGGUGGUAAAACUCUAAAGUCUGAGAGUUUUCACAUUGAAGAGCUGUGGAAGGGAACACGGUGAUUCUAUUUCCUUUACGUCUCUGUCAAACACAUUGUUACUAGGUAUAUCACAUAUCAUCUGUUAGAUGGUGCCGCUGUUGUUGGCAAAUGUGGUGAAAUGUAUUUAUGUCAGGUGUUUGGCACUGACCUAAUUCCUCUGGUUAGUCCUUGGUGUUUGCUGUGUCAGCAGUUCACAUUACAGUUUGGAAGAGGCCCUUCCCUCUUCAGGACCUCUAUGCUCUAUGUGUUUUAAGGAAGGAGAAACUAAAUUUGAAUUGUCUGAGGACUUGCUUGCCUCUAAUAACUGAUUUUUUUUUUAAAAAAAAGAACUUCUGAGUGGUACUUAAUUUUAAAAGGCCUGUGGAAAAAGCUUGUUUUGGGGGGAGGGGUGCAAAUGUUGGUUAAGUGUGUUAUGAUCCCUGUGGACAGUCAGCCUUGAAGAUAACCUAACUAUGGAGGCUGUUUUUGCAGUUUUAGAGACCUGGGCUGGUGAGCUGUGGGAACAGGUAACUGUCAGCCAGUUGAGAAAAGUCCUCACAGACAGAGCAGACCCCAUUUGCUUCUCACUUAACUAUAGUUGUAAGAGCUGGAGGAUGCUGGUAUCCUGGAUUUCUCUUUUGUCUUAGAUCCUCACUGCAUAGGAUUUUAUAGCUCCAGCUUCGAUUAUUAGAGAUUGAGGAGCUAGGUUGAGAUGCAAGAAACUAUCAUGUAAUACAAUUAGAGUUGAUCAUUUGAGCAGAUCCUGAAAGAUGUAGUUUUGUUCUCAUUCUCCACAAAUCUCACCAGCAGGUUCGAGUGGGUCUCGUACUCACAGGUCCUUGGCUGCCUUUCUGCUGGUGUUUUUCUUCUUAGUGGUAUAGUUUUAAGGAAUGUCCCUGGUUGUGGUUGAUGUGUACCAAAGAGGCUGGCUAACUUCUAGGACCGUUUCUCUCCUUUUUUGUUUUUUCAAGACAGGGUUUCUCUGUGUAAUAGUCCUGGGUGUCUCCUAAGAUGUGAAUAAAGGUGUGCACCAUAGCGUCCAGCCUAGAACUAUUUCUUGGUUGAGAAAGUUAAAUUAACCAGAAGUCUUUGGGGUGACCCUUCCUUCCUGAGAAAUUGGGUCUGAAAACUUGGAUCCUCAUGUCCCACACAUGUGGUAUUUCCUCUCCUUGCUUCUACUGUUGCCUUUCUUUGUCUGGCCACUUGAACCUUCUUUGUAUUAUUUUGUUGAUAUAAUUGUCCUUUCCACUUGCAAGUUAGCUCCCUGGUGACCUUAUUUGUCUUACUAAAACCCUUUUUCUAAAAUGUAUGCUAGUAUCUCCCAGGAUUGAAGAGGGCUGAAUGGAAUAAAUAACAUAGUGCUUUCUAAAUGGCUGGUUCCUCUCUUCCACUACCAUCCUCUACCCUCCACACAUGCAAAAAAUGGAAAUGCCAUGACAAGGUGCAUCUCAGAACCUUGUCCUUGGGUCUGUAGCUGUAAUUAUAAGCCGGAGGCCAGAUUCAAUCAGUAGGACAAGAAAAUGGCUAUGGCCCUAGUCAGUAAGUGAACGAGACGAAGCAAUAAUUCCAACCAGUAUAGAAGAUUUGAACACAGAAAUUUGGUUUUAAUAUUUUCUGUUUUUUUUUUUUUUUUUUUUUUUUUUAAAGGCAGGCCCUCUAGUUCCCAAAGCCUAGCACUGCACUUUGCUGUUCUUCCACUCUUUCUUUUGUUCUUUUUAUAUUCUGUCACUCUGGCCAGAGUAGGGUUCUUGUUGACCACCUUGAAGUGGCCCUGCCCUGACCCUCCAGGCUCUUCCAGAAUGGCUAGUCCAUUCCUUAGAGGAGUGGCUACAGGGAUUGAGGAUUUCUCAGUCAACAGCAUUUGUGCCUUACUUUGACCAGAAUUAUCUUCUUGACAAAGAAGGGGAGAAGGGAACAAUAGUAGCUUCCUAAGCCGCUCUGUGAUUCUCAGCCAUAUAUAAAAUACUUGUACCAGAAACCUGGAAAGUUGGGUGUUAAACUUCUUGUUGAAAAGGCCUAAACCUCUCACAGUGACUCAUGUAGUCAGUCCAGGCUGGCCUGGAACUCAAUAUGUAGCUGAGGUGACCUUGAACUCAUGAUCUUCUUGCUUCUACCUCCCAGGUACUUGUAGGCAGACUUUUCUGUCCCACCCAUCAGUUCCCAAUAACUGACACGGAGACUUUAUAUUAAUUAUAAAUGCUUAGCCAAUAACUCAGGCUUGUUACUAGCUAACUCAUAAAUUUUAAAUUAAUGCAUUUAUAUUAAUCUACAUUCUGCCACAUGGUGGCAUCUUGAACCUCUUGUUUCCUCUCGAUGUUUAGCUGGCAGCUCUUGACUCUGCCCUUCUUUUUCCCAGUGUCCUUAGUCUGGUUCACCCACCUAAUUUUAUCCUCUCCAGCUUUUGAUCAGUCAGCUUCUUUAUUAAGCCAAUCACAGCGACAUACAUUCACAUGGUGGUAUUAAUCUCCUCCUCCUUCACAUCCCAUUCUGUAUAUUCAUAUCCAUUCCUUUCCUUGCUCCCCAGUGGAGGAUCAUCCUUCUCUCCUACUUUAACUAUCUUCCCAAAGUGUAUAUAUUUUUAACCAUUUAUUUUUAUUUUAUUUUGAGAUAAGACCUUACACUAUAGCCUAGGUUGGCCUGGAACUUAAUAUGUAGCUCAGACCUUGAACUUGCCUUUAAUCUUUUAUCAACAAAUGUGUUGGUGUUCAUGAGCCUUGGCCUAUGUGAAAUAAUUUGAAGCAAGAAGUAGAUACAAUCUAAUGUGUAGAAAUAUCAAAUGGGAAAGUGAGAAUCAAGGUCAUUUAUGUGGAAUAAUUCCAACUGGUCUGUUUUUUAAUUUCCUAGAUUGGAGAUUUUAGCUUUGUAUUGAAACCUAGGAUGUGUAAGGCUCUGGACUCUCUAGCACUGCAAUAAAAUAAUAAAUUGAUUAAUUAUGUAUGGGAAUUAAGGAUUUCAUGUCAACAUGAUAAAAGGAACUAAUUUGUAUAGGUUAUUACUACUCUAGAUGCAUAUAAACACCUCAGUUUACUUCAAAAUAGAAGGCCAGAUUAAAGAAAGGGAAAUUCCCACUUCUCAAAGGAAGUUAGGAUUUACACUGAGGAACAAAUGCAUACUGAAAACUAGCUAGAAAUGAGCCUCAGAGGAUAGGGGCUAGUGUUGGCAGAGAGAGCGCGCGCCUUUCGAGGUAGAAGCUGAAACAGUCCCGUGAUACUUGUCGAGGCUGCCUUUCGGGGAACAUCUGGAAGAAAACAAAAUCUUAGCUAUAAUUGCCUCUGGAAAAUGAGGUUACAGUAGCAUGGGAAACCCUACUAGGAAAAAGCCCUGAACUGUGAGAAUCAGAACUAUUCUUGGCUUCUGUUUCCUGAGUGUACUGCUGUGUUUUCAAGGAGUCCCUGAGCCCCUUCUGCUUUGUUAAACUCUCUUUUUGCUUUUGUUCCCGCUUAUACUCUUGGAUCCACAUAGACUUCUAGGGCAAUUGGUCUAGACUAAGUUCAGCCAAGCAGCUGUCCUUCAGGGUUAGCCUCUGCUGGAUUGGGCAUCUCCAUUUGGAUCAGAUUCACAUUUGUUCCAGGUGGUUCCUUCUGAGUCACAUGCUGAACUAGCUGCCCGGGACAUGUUAUCCAUGGUGAACUGCAGAAGCACAGAGGCCAGAUGAAGUCACACAGGUAUGUGCCACCUUGUUGGCCUCAAGUCAUCAAGCCCAUCGUCAGUGAGACAAGGACAUACAUACACCUCAUGUUGAGAGAACUGUAGGAAGUAAUAUGGCAAAGGAUAUGAUACAUAGUCUUAUAAGAUAGUGAAGAACUGAGACCAGUAAUGCAAUCAAUCAUGCUAUCUCAGCAGAAACUGAAGCUGUCUAACUGCUGAUGACUCAGGAGUGAGCAUUGUGGGUAAUUUUAAUCAUUUAAAGUCAUACAUAAGUUCUAUCUAUAGUCAUCCCUGUGUAUCCAUGAAGUACUGGUUCUAGAAGCAAAGCCCCCAUACCAGAAUCUAACCUUGAGUUCCUUGUGUAAAAUGGCCUUGUAGUUAAUUUCAUACAUUUCCCACACACUUGUAAGUCACCUCUGUAUAGUAUCUAAAUACAAUGCAAUGCUGUGUGGAUAGUUACUAUAAGGGGAAAAUGACAAGUUGUCCUUGUUCAAUCCAGAACUAAUCAUUUUCUUUUAGGGGAUUUUCAAUUCUCAUUUGAGUGGGUAUAGAACUCAUAAUUACAAAGGACCAUUAUAUAUGUAUUAUCGAAAUCCUUGUACUUUUUGUUUGUUUAAAAAAAGGUUUGUUCUUAAUUAUGUGUAUGGAUAUGUGCUUAUGAAUGUGGAUGCUUACAGAGGCAUUGUGUCCUCUUGAGCAGGCUCUGCAGGGGGUUGUGAGCCACCCAACAUGGGUACUAGAAAUUGAACUCAGGUCCUCUAGAAGAGCAGUAUGAGAGCUCUUUAACUAUUGAACCAUCUCCAGCCUUUUGUUUGUUUCUUGACAGGGUUUUAGCCCUUGCAGCAAUCCUGCAUCAGCCUCCUGAGUGCAAGGAUUACAAGUGUGAGCCUCCACACCUGACAUAAUUCUUGUUUUCCAACAAUAGAAAUCAGUUCCAAGUUUGAGGCUUCCUGGCCAGAGCAACAUGAAGUCUUGCUACACAGAGAGCUUCUGCAGUCUAGGAGUGUUAUGUUUUUGGGGACGCGGUUACAUAUGCUUUCACUUGGUAAUUAUUAGUUAAACAAUACAAUAUGAUUGGCAAAAUUGUAAGGGGUUCAGAUGUUAAAAGGUUUUAAAAGAAAAAUGGGAAAAGCAAAAGAAAUUCAAAAUUGAACCAACGCUAGGAGCAUGGGGAACGUUAGCAUAAAUCCAUCAUCCAGUUAGCUGUGAGGAGAACUUGCAGCCGUCAUGACUUGUCUGACCAAAAUUAGAAUGUCACAAUAAAAAAUUAGUGUGGAAAGUGUGGGUGUGGUAGCGUCCAUAACAGGAUGAACAGUUUAGAAGCACUCAACACUUUAUGAGAAGUUAUGGCUAAAAUUGAAAAAUCAACAAUUAGUUCUUUAUGCAUGUUGUUUUGAUAUUUUUAUUGUUAACAUAGUAGAACUAUGUACUUGUAACACUGUAUUGCUCUGGUUAAAACAUAACCAAAUUUUAAUAAAUGGAUAUUUAUUUUGAAUACA